AUGGCGACCAGCAGGGAGAAUGUGAGAUUCCGCGGCUCCGAGUACCCCGAGCAAAACGGUGCCUACAAUGCGUGCUACCAGAUGCCGGACAACAAGAAAUACAGCAGGCCGCAGCCGAAACUAUACAGCGAUCGUAUCUGGCUGAUCUUGCUGCUGUUUUACGUCGUCGUACUCGCUGUCAUCUUCAAAGCCGACCGGACGUUACCGCAACCGAAGACAAUCCUCGAAGCGCGCCCGGGCGAAUUCAGCGAGGAGAGAGCGCGCGCGCACCUGCUCGCUCUCACGGACCUCGGCGACAGGCUAGUCGGCAGCGACGCGAACGAAAGGCUUGCUGUCGAUUACCUCGUGAGGCGGCUGAACGAGGUGAAGGCUUCCGCCGGUUCGGCACACGUCGUCGAGGUGGACGUGCAGAAGCCGACGGGGUCGUUCACGCUGCAUUUCCUCGGAGGCUUUACGUCGUACUACGCGCGCGUGACGAACGUGCUCGUGAAGAUAAGCCCACGCCACGGCUCGCAGCACAGCCUGCUCGUCAACUGCCACUACGAUUCGGUCGUCAACAGCCCAGGUUCAGAGGAAUCGAUGUGGAUUCAUCUUGUGCAUGAGGCUGAUGAAGCGCUUGGCUCCAAGAGGCAGCUUUCCUUAGCCAGUCAUGGUUUCAUCACCCAGCAUCCCUGGGCGAAGGAUGUGCGUGCGUUCGUUAACCUGGAGGCAGCAGGAGCAGGGGGACGUGAACUCGUGUUUCAGACAGGCCCAGAACAUCCGUGGCUCAUCAGCACGUACGCACGGUCGGCAGUCUAUCCCUACGGCAAUGUCUUUGGACAGGAGAUAUUUCAGACUGGUGCUAUUCCGUCAGACACGGACUUCCGCAUUUAUCGAGAUUUUGGAAACAUUCCAGGAAUUGACAUUGCCUAUAUAAGCAAUGGAUAUGUGUAUCACACGAAGUGGGACCAUCCGGACUUCAUACCGCCUGGAUGCGUUCAGAGAGCAGGUGAGAAUCUGCUGGCGACCGUGAGAAACCUCGCCUCGUCUCCCUACCUCGCGCAUCCCGGCGAGUAUCGCCAUGGCAACAUGAUCUUCUUCGACGUGCUGGGCGUCUACAUGGUGCUGUAUCCGCAGCGCGUCGGCAUGGUGAUCAACAUGCUGUUCCUGCUGGCGGUCGCGCUCGGCAUUGCUCGCAAGAUGGUGGACAAGAGCACCGAAGGUUACCACGGCGCCGCGUUCCUCGGCAACCUGCUGGCCGCCGUCGUCGUCAUCGUGCUGUCGUGGGCGGCGGCGGUCGGCGUGAACGUGCUGCUAGCACUGCUGCUGACGGCUGCGGGACACGGCAUGUCCUGGUACUCUCACUCCUACAUGAUCGGAGGUCUGUACGAGGCGCCCGCGCUCUGUGCAGCCAUCGCCGUCCACGCGCUCGCACGUAACCUCUACUUCAAGCAUGAGACGGACGCGUGGAAGCUGGAGGCGAUACACGUCGAUGCGACGAUGGUGCUGUGGUCGCUCAUCCUCUCUGUGCUCACCUACCACGGCGUCUGUUCUUCCUACAUACCGUUAGCCUGGGUGAUGUUCCCGCUGAUCAUGCGCGAUCGAGUCAUCGCAUUUUUGCCAAUGGCAUUUAGAGAGAAAGGCCAGGGCUUCUUCUAUCUCUACUUGGCAUCACUGACGUUCCCGUUCCUUAUUACUUGCUACUUGCUUGUUGGUGUCUAUCAGAUGUUCGUACCUGUGAUGGGCCGAGUCGGUACGGAAGUCAUUCCCGACGUUGUCAUAGCAAUGGUUGCCGCAUUCUCACUCAUCAUCAAGACUAACUUUUUGAGUCUGGUGUUCGUGACGCGGAGCCUCAAGCGGGUGAUGUGUGCACUGCUGCUGUUCUCCAUGUUUACCUACAUGCUGUCAGUCUUCACGCCCCUGGGCUUCCCCUACAGUGGCAACCCACUAAAACCCACUGUGCAGCGCAGCGUGAUACAUCACAUUGAGAGGCGGUUUCACGACAUGUCAGGUCGUGUGUAUGAGCAGGACUGCGGCAUCUGGCACAUAUCGUUCGACCAUCUCGCGCUCACUCCUCUCGCACCUCACUACACCGAUCUCGAGAAUUCCAAGCUCGUAGACUGUGACCUACACAUGUACUGUGGUAUGCCAUACUACUUACCUAUGGCAGGCAUGAUGAGGGACACACACUACCUAGCCACUGAUGUCGGACCUCAUGUGUCCAUACAUGUAAAUCCCAGGCUGGUGUCCCGCACAUCUCUACCAGGCAACAUUCAGCGACUUGCCUUCGAAGUAAAAGGUCCUGAUCACAUGAUAGUGACCAUGUCGCCACAGAUGGAGGUAACCUUGGUGACGUGGUCGCUGGGCGACGGCAUCCCUGAGCCAGUGGACAUGAAGUGGGGAGAAAGAGAGGUGUUCUUUGUCUUCUAUUCACACGGGGAGGACCCUGGAUCCUGGUAUUUCACUAUUGAUCUCAAGGUUGCAGAGGGAUUCACAUCAGAUAGCGCCCGUGCCUCUAGCAUCAACAUACCAUUAAUGAUGGCCAACCGCAUUGUCUUCAUGUGA